AGUAAGUCGUAAGUGGUGAUAGUUUUGCACCCAUGCCGCAGCAGCCCACUACAUAACUAAAGUCAACUUGAGCAACCCCAACUUUACCCCAUUACCACCACACAACUUAAGCAUGACACUCACCAGCGUAGAACAACUUGUGGAAUUGUUAGCAGACAGCCACACUUACAGCUAUGUGGAAUUUCUAGGGCCAGAAACGGGGGAUAAUUCGCCCAUUGGCAACACUAUAGAGUUGUUCUGUUUCGGUAAUUACCAGCAGUACUUAACAUACAGGGAUCAGUACAUUGAAUUACCACUACAGUGUGAGAUUAAAUUAGUCAAGUUGAGUGUGAUAGCGUUGUUCAAUGAUUUGGAUGGGUCCAGUACUGGAAUCCCCGUGUCGGAUAUACUAUCACACCCUCAAUAUGGUAUAGGCUCCGGGUUACAGGCCAUUGGGAUAGGAUUUGAAGAAUUUAUAAUGGAUAUGAUAGAUGAUGGGUUGGUAGAGGCUCAGAUAGAUGAUACUGAUUUGGUUCUGCUUCGGUCUGUACAGUUACGAGAUGCCUAUAGUAGUGAUAUGUAUGAAUUAAGAGUACUUGAUGAACAUGGAGAUAUCCCUACUCGGUCUGUAAAGUAUGCUAUAGAGAAUAUUCGGGAUUGGUAUACUAACAAGUUAAUACCACUACAGAAGCAAUUGAGUACUACAAAGAGUACUGGCGAUAGUCCCCAAUUGGUGGGAGAUAACAAGGAGAAUACUCGCAAGAGAAAGACUCCUGAUCAUAUAACAUAACAUAACGUAACGUAACAUAACAACCUGUAUUAUUGUAUGUAGGAGAGUAGUAGCUACUUAAUA